UUUUGUUUUGGAUGAGCAUAGUUUCUGAACGCAGUUUUAUUUGCUUUUAGGUGAGAUAGUAACAUCUUUUGGGGGAAAGAAUUGGCUUCCUCCGCUGAAAGCGGCGAGCGUGCGGCGGGCAGCCGCGGGGACGGACGGCACUGGGCGGCUGCCUGCUGUGCCAUGUGGCAGGAGGCAGAGUUCGUCGUAGGAGUCCACAUGGAUCUUGGAAACAGAAGGGUUUAAGACAGUGACACUUCCACAAAGAACAAGAACUUCACUAUCUCCUUUUUGCUCUGAAGGCUGGGGGACAAUGGAUAUCGUCAUAGAGACAGCAAAACUGGAAGAAAAUAUGGAAAAUCAAACCAAUGACCCUACCACCACGUACACGGGACCUGCAGAGCCUGUCGGGGAAGAAAACAAAAAUGGCAACGGCAAACCUAAGAGCCUACCCGCCGGGCUGCGAAAGGGCGCCAAGAAGUACCCGGACUAUAUCCAAAUCGCUAUGCCCACCGAAUCGAGGAACAAAUUCCCCCUGGAGUGGUGGAAAACGGGCAUCGCCCUGGUGUACGCGCUCUUCAACCUCAUCCUGACGACCGUCAUGAUCACGGUUGUGCAUGAGAGGGUCCCUCCCAAGGAGCUCAGCCCUCCGCUCCCCGACAAGUUUUUUGAUUACAUCGAUCGGGUGAAGUGGGCGUUUUCUGUAUCAGAAAUAAACGGGAUCAUAUUAUUUGGCUUAUGGAUCACCCAGUGGCUAUUUCUCAGAUACAAGUCAAUAGUGGGGCGCAGAUUCUUUUUUAUCCUUGGAACUUUAUACCUGUAUCGCUGUAUCACCAUGUAUGUCACUACUCUCCCCGUGCCCGGAAUGCACUUCCAGUGUGCUCCGAAGCUCAACGGAGACUCUCAGGCAAAAAUACAGCGCAUUCUGCGGUUGAUCUCUGGCGGUGGAUUGUCCAUCACUGGGUCACACAGCUUGUGCGGAGAUUUCCUCUUCAGCGGCCACACCGUUUUGCUGACACUUACGUAUUUGUUCAUCAAAGAAUACUCGCCUCGCCACUUCUGGUGGUAUCACUUAACCUGCUGGCUCCUGAGCGCCGCCGGCAUCAUCUGCAUCCUGGUGGCGCACGAACACUACACCGUCGACGUGAUCGUCGCCUACUACAUCACGACACGGCUGUUCUGGUGGUACCACUCGAUGGCCAAUGAAAAGAACUUGAAGGUCUCUUCACAGACUAAUUUCUUGUCUCGGGCUUGGUGGUUUCCCAUCUUUUACUUUUUUGAGAAAAAUGUACAAGGCUCAAUUCCUUGCUGCUUCUCCUGGCCCCUGUCCUGGCCUCCUGGCUGCUUCAAAUCCUCGUGCAAAAAGUAUUCACGGGUUCAGAAGAUCGGUGAAGAUAAUGAGAAAUCUACCUGAGAAGCAGAACAAAGGCAUCAGCUCUUAGGCCAAAAGAGUUAACGCUAUAACCAAAGGUAUUGUUUUGUUACUUUAAUUUUAGGAGAACGGACUGGCAAAUGAAGAAGUGGACCAAAUUUUGUGUAAAUGAUUAGAAAGACGAACAGAGUAUUCCCCUUUGACUGGCUUUUUUUAUUCCUCCUGACAAAGAUCUAUUCUCCUGCAGCUCUUCCUUCACUGGCGACAAGCCUUCCAGCUGGGGUUUGACUGAUGAGCUUGUUGAAGGUGCCAAAGAACAUGCUACUCCUUUCUUUAUUCUUUCUCCACUCCAACCCUCUACUUCAGAAUGUUUUCAGGAUUUUUUUCCUCCCGAGGUCAGAAGAAUUUGUUAAUGUUUUAAAUAAAAUACCCGGAUCUAUACA